UCAGUUGCAUGGGACACGGCGCCGGCGGUAGCGGGACAGUUGUCGCAGGCCAACGAUGGGGGGCUCGGUGUCUUGCUGCAUCUCCCCCGGGGAGAGUCCCAAGAUCCACAGGAGGGAGGUGGAGCUGGAGGAGUGUCCCAUCACCACCGCCGAGGACGUGAGCGAGGACACCGGGACCUACCUGCAGCACAUCAGCGACAGGGAGCUCCCGGACGAGCUGGCCCAAGAGACCAACCCGUCGGACAACCCCAGAGCCAGCACGCUCUUCCUCAACAAGUCGCAGACAGACGUGCGGGAGAAAAGAAAGAGUAACUACCUGAAUCAUCAGACGUCCCCGGGGCUCCUGACGAAGAAGUACAGCUCCUGCUCAACGAUAUACAUCGACGACAGCACGGUCAGCCAGCCCAACCUCAAGAGCACGAUCAAAUGCGUCGCACUGGCCAUAUACUAUCAUAUAAAAAACAGAGACUCCAACCGCUCGGUGGACAUAUUCGACGAGAAGAAGUACCCUCUGUCGCGAGAAAAGAUCCCUGAUGACUACUCCGUGGUCGACCCGGAGCACAAACUCAUCUACCGCUUCAUCAGGACGCUCUUUAGCUCCGCGCAGCUCACCGCCGAGUGCGCCAUCGUCACCCUGGUGUACCUGGAGAGGCUGCUGACCUACGCCGAGAUGGAUAUCUGUCCCUGCAACUGGAAGCGCAUUGUUCUCGGUGCCAUCCUGCUGGCCUCCAAAGUCUGGGACGACCAGGCCGUGUGGAAUGUGGACUACUGCCAGAUCCUCAAAGAAAUGACCGUGGAGGACAUGAACGAGAUGGAGCGCCACUUCCUGGAGCUGCUCCAGUUCAACAUCAAUGUGCCGGCCAGCGUCUACGCCAAGUAUUACUUUGACCUGCGCUCGCUGGCCGACGACAACAACCUCAGUUUCCCCCUGGAGCCGCUCAGCAACAAGAGGGCCCAAAAGCUGGAGUAUACUUCUAGUAUCCUCGAUUUUCCAAGAGACGUUGCCGACGGACGCAGACCGAAAUGCCUCCGGAGGCAAUUGGAUAGACCUACAACCAGUGAGAGCAACGAAUCAUGUGACGUCUCUUGAGCGACGCGGAAAUGUCAACAGACUAGAGCAGAGAGGAGACGCCUGUGAUGAGGAUUCCACAAUGUCUGUGAACGAGUUUUGCCGUUUUUCUGGGAGAAAUUUGAGAAUAUCGGGUACCUUUAGUCACAAAUGCCUGUUCAUCAGCGGCAGUCUUGGUUGUUUACAAAAGUCGCUUCUCUCCGCGUCGUGGUAUAAACCCCUCCCAUUAUCAGAUUAUCGGUUGUGAUUGGACCGGCAAGAUUUCUGCCGGUGGGAAAAUCCCUUCCCAGUGGAGGGGAGCCAGACCGUAGUAUGGCAGAGCAAAUGAAAUGAAUUCUUCUGGGUCCCAGGCUGGUAUACUUCUUGUACUCGUACCCGGGCAGUAACAUAUUUGUGCUCUACGAUAUUGUCUCUAGGCCAUCUCCAGGCUGUGCGAGGACAAGUACAAGGACCUGGGUAAAUCUGCCAUGAGGAGGUCCGUCAGCGCCGACAACCUGGUCGGCGUCAAGAAGACCCACGCCGUGCUCUCUUGAGUCUGCGGCGGCGGUCUCAACUGCGACCAGGAGGUGGAACGACGGGACGUGGCGCCGCGCUCAACGGGUUCAUCGAGAGACAUUUCCAAAGUAUGUUUCGUUAACACGAGCAGGAGGAAUAACCCCCCCCCCCCCACAUAUGUUUACCACACAGUAUCUCUAAAAUAUAACAAUGUGUUCGUCACAGAGAACUUCAGGUGUCUACCUUUAAAAAGCAUGGUCAUUUGAUGACAUUUCGCAGACUUUUCGUUUUCAAAGUGUGGACGUCUUAUCUUUGGAAGGAUUCAGCACGAAAAUGCUUCCCGAUGCAACAAAUUCGGGACCUCGUCUUCUUUUCUUUCUUUUCACUUUCCCCGCUCAGUCGUCUGGGGAGUAUCUUCUCUGGCUCCGUGCCAGCGGCUCCCCCCCUCUCCUCAAUUCAGACGACGAUAAAACUGAACUACCCUGUGGUGUGUAGCUCUGCACACGGACUGCACAAGACUUUGUUUUGCUUACUAUGUAGGCCCCUAUAGCUGUGAAAUGUACAAGACUUUAUUUAAUUCCAAAAUAAAUUUCAGUCGCUGUUCAAAUUCCA